UUAAAUAAUGACCAUCUGGGUUGAUUUAUGCGGGACAUUAAUAUGCCAAGAGUAAGAUAAAAUGUUAAUAACACAAAUAAUAGAUGAUAUGGGUCGGGAAUGUUGAUAAACCGAGAGCGCAAGAAUUCCUUUUCACAAAUGAAAAGCUUGGUUGGGAUGUUUUGCCAUUCUGCUUUUUUACACUUCCGCGUUCCGAUUUUCGUUAACGCUUCUUAAAAUGUGUGAGGGCCCAUCCCUUAUGAAAAGUUAAAAUGCACGUGAAUAAGCACAAACAUCCUUUUAUACUUAUAGUAUAAAUCUUCUAUAUUAAUUUUUAGAUUCUCGUUAUAAUGGUUUGUGAUUUACUUUCUCUCACACUUUUACGUUCUGCCGGGGAUUUGGGUGCAGAUAUUGCAGUAGGUAGUGCUCAACGCUUUGGACUUCCUCUUGGUUAUGGCGGGCCUCAUGCUGGUUUCAUGUCUGUUGCCAAUUUAGCUUUGGCUAGACAAAUGCCUGGAAGGAUUGUUGGAGUUUCUAGAGAUCAGCAGGGAAAUAUUGCUUAUCGUCUAACUCUCCAAACUAGAGAACAGCAUAUUCGAAGAGAUAAAGCAACCUCCAAUAUUUGCACUGCUCAAGCACUUCCUGCUAAUAUUUCUGCAAUGUAUGCAAUCUAUCAUGGACCCAAUCGUUUAGUUUAUAUUGCCAAAAUAAUACAUAAAGCUACAUCAUUUCUUUCGCAAAGUAAUUUGAAAUUUUGUUUAGUUCAGAAUUUUUGCUAA